AUGGCAAACACUAGCGAUCUCGUAAGACUAGCACAGAGACUUGUUCGAGACGGACCUUGCAGGGUAGAGCACACGGCACGCCGUGUACGAGGUCUUUUCAAUGGGAGAUAUGCGUUCGAUACUCUCAACGCGCAUCAUGUUUGGGAACUGGAACUGCGCUACCCACAAUACUACGUACCGAUCUCAAGCUUCACUUCCAACACCAAGCUAUUGCGUGGUUCUGCCGUUGAUGGGACAAAUGGAGGCGCAGACCUAGGAAUUCUGACAGUCGGUAAUCGCACCAGCAACCGCAUCCUCAUUUUCAACAGCGGCAAACUCAAAGAUCUUGUGAAAGUUGACUUUAGAGCUGUCGACCAAUGGUUCGAGGAAGACAUGCAGAUAUAUGGCCAUCCCAAAGACCCCUACAAGCGUAUCGACAUUCUGCCUUCUUCUCGCAAUGUCAGAGUAGCCAUCGAUGGCGUUACACUUGCGGAAAGCUCAAGCCCUUUGUUCCUUUUGGAGACCACAUUAAGAACGAGGCAUUACCUCCCGCCCACAAGCGUCAACUGGGAACACCUUACACCGAGCGACACGGUGACACUGUGUCCGUACAAGGGGCGCGCGGAAUACUACCAUGUCAAUGUUGGGGAAAAGAUGUACAGGGAUCUGGUAUGGUACUAUCGAUAUCCGACCUCGGAGAGUGCGCCCAUUGCUGGAUAUAUGUGCUUUUACAACGAGCUGGUGGAAGUUUAUGUCGAUGGCGUGAAGGAGACAUCGUAG